UUGUUAUGACAUGAAACAUGUAACAAUAUACUUAUUUUUUCAGUUGCAGAGCAAACUCAACGCAGGCUUGCUAUGGUGCAAGUACAGUUGAACAAAAUUUUCUAUAUUUUGCAACAAAAUAAUAUGCAGGCUGGCCAGAUUGCACCUACGACUAUUCCAACUGUAGUGGAUGAAAAAGUAGCUCUGGGAGGCAUUACGUUCCCAAUAAACACUCUAAACGAGAUAGAGUUAUUGGAGCGUCAGUUGGCAGACGAGGAAUACGAAAGGGAUUUGAUUGCGUGUUUCACAAAAGUAUGCGGAAAUAAGGGGAAUUUAAAACUUUCUAAAAUCGGGCUUUUGGUUGUGGGGGCAAUGUUUACGGAUAACGUACUGUCUCAAGUAACAUGGAAGGGGAAUAGAACAUGCCCCAAAAUGCCCUUCUCCAGAUUUUUCAAAAUAAGAGCAGUUAUUUAUAAAAUAUUAAAAUUAGCAGACAGCACUUGCUCUUUGCAAGAGGUGGACCGUUUUAUCCAGAAUAGUGCUAUAAAGCACAGUGCUCAAAGGGCUAAGCGCAAAUCAUCCACUCAAAUGAAGUCCACGCAAAGGAAAACAAAUACAGAACACGACUCAAAGAAGGACCACACUUUCGAAAAAAAAGGUGAUAAACGAAGACCUUGCGCGUGGUGUUACAAAAGGCUUCGCUCUACGUUCAACAGGACAUUUAUAGUGACCAACCACGGAACAACCCUAUUCCAGUACAACGGCUACACGUACUGGAAGACCAACUACAUCAACCAACGGAGCGGAACGGUACGGUGGUACUGUUCAUCACGGACACGGCACGGAUGUCCCGUCGUGCUGACGUGUUGUCACACGCGGAUUGUCUGUAGAAGCGGACUGCAUAAUCAUGACGUGCCUAUGAUGCAGGUCGAUAGUUAUGGAAGGUAUUAUAAAAUGAAAAACACCUAGAUUCAUCUACAUUUACUCUAUACACUUUGAAAAGGCUGAACAACUUCCGAAACACAUCAUGCUCUCUCUGUAGAUACUAGACCUACGGAACCGUCUGUUGUGGUACUGGUCAUCACGGAAGCGGUAUGAAAUUUACGAAUUUCCCGCCGUACCGAUACGGACGUGACGUAACGUGAUUUCAAACACGGACCAUUGGUAAAAAACCGGCCAAGAGCGUGUCGGGCCACGCUCAGUGUAGGGUUCCGUA